AUGUCGACGGAGCCGAUUACGCUUGACCGCGCGCUGGAAUGGCUUGCAGAGCAGCGCAUUUUGCAGGAGCGCAAACCGUACGAUGUCGUGCGUAUGGGCGAAUGGAUUCUUGAACAGAACCAGCUUGGCGCAUUGGGUGACGAUUUGUGGGCAUUCCUCGAGCAGGUAGCUUUGGCCGCCGCGGAACUUGGCAAUUAUGAGCUGGCAGAGGGCACCAUUCUCGAGGCCAAGGGCCUGUUGCAGGAGGCACGUACGCUCUACACAGACUACCUUGGCAAAGACCCAUCCAACAUUGUGUGUUUUCCCCGAUUUUCUGACACACAGCUUAUCCAUAAACGGUUGAUUGCUGCGAUUCGCAGCGGCCCCGACGGGCUUGCAGAGGCCACAGCAGAGCUGGCCGAGUUUGUCGAUACAUUCCCUCUCGACCAAGAGUCCUGGCUCGAGCUGGCCUCGCUGUAUAUGCAGCAGAACAAGUAUGCACAGGCUGUGUACGCUUUGGAAGAGCUGCUUCUCAUUGCGCCGCACAACGCGUUCUACUUGCUGGAGUACGCAGAAGUGCUCUACACCGCCGGCGACAUUGGCAAGGCGUACAAAAUCUACUUGCGCAUUCUGGAGCUCAGCGAUGGGAUUCUUGCGCCGGAAAAGUACCGUGCCGCUGGGAAGAUUCGUGGGCCAUGGGUUCGCGCACUCUGGGGCCUGAAAAUGUCUAUUGUACAAAUCCGCGCCGAGCACGCACCAAAACGCCCCGCAAGCGAUGCCUUAGACAUUGUGCCUGAAAAAGUGGAUGCCGUGGAUACAUUGGUCACCAAGCUCCUGCUCGACUCGAUCUAUGCUCCCAACGUGCCGGAUGCUACGCCUAUAGAUGUGCGCGCUGCUGUGCGCUCCAUCCUCGCAGCCUCGUAG